AUGACAUCUUCGGCAAAACGUAUCGUCUUCACAGGCGGUUCAGGCAAGGCUGGUCGCCAUGUAAUCCCUGAGCUCGUCAAGAGAGGCUACGAGGUCCUCAACCUCGAUUUGAUCGACUUCCCAGACCCGUCCGCGGGAGUCUUCACGCUCAAGACCGACCUCACCGACAGCGGACAAGUCUUCAACGCCCUAACCACCCACUUCAACUUCAGCGAUUACGAAGGGCCAAACAAUGCGGGACCACCAGAUGCAAUCAUUCACUUCGCCGCCUACGCUCGGAAUAUGCUUGUUCCCGAUAAUGCAUGCUACGCAGCCAACGUCACAUCAACAUACAACGUGAUCGAGGCGGCCUGCAAACUUGGCGUAAGAAAAAUCAUCAUUGCGUCCAGUGAGACGACGUACGAAGUGUGCUUCGGCCAAGGCGAUCUUGAAUAUACUGCCUUCCCACUAGAUGAGGAUGCAGACGUAAAUCCCAUGGACACGUACGCCAUCUCCAAGCUCUGCGGCGAACGCGUAGCUCGCGGUUUCGCCCGACGCUUCGAUGCAGACAUCUAUGCUCUCCGUAUCGGCAACGUAGUUGAGCCGCACGAAUACGAGCGUGACUUUCCAAAGUACAUCAACAACCCACAAGUUCGGAAACGGAACGCCUGGAGCUACAUUGAUGCGCGUGAUCUCGGUCAGAUAUGCCACCUCUGUGUGGAGAAGGAUGGCCUGGGUUUCCAGGUUUUCAACGCCACAAAUGAUACCAUUACGGCGACGUUUCCAACGAGACAAUUUCUGGAGCAAUGGGCGCCCAAAACGCCAGUUACUCGUGAGAUGGGGGAGUGGGAGGCGCCGUUGAGUAAUAGGAAGAUAAGGGAGGUCUUGGGAUUCAAAGAAGAACACAAUUGGAGGCAGUACUACAAUGCCGAUGGCUAA